GCUUCGAUAGAAGAAACAGGAAACCAUCAGAGCCUCAGUGUGAUGGCCGGUCGCAUCUUCUGCUGCUUCUUUAUCCUCCCUCUACUGGUUGGGAGCAACAGUUCUUUGAAAACGAUUAACCAUUUCUAUCGGCUACCUGGACAAAACCUCACCAUUACAUGCUACAAUUUCUCACUAGGAUCAUGGAGGAUUUUUUGCAAAGAAAACUGUCAAGGAGAAAAUAUUCUUCUUAACACAACAUCUAAUAAAGCAGCAAGAGGAAGAAACAGCAUUGAAUAUUUUGAAAGCGUUUUUGACAAGUCUUACAAUUUAACUGUAGAAGUCUCCAGUUUGACCCCUUCUGACUCAGGACUCUACAGAUGUGGUCUGACUGAUUCUCUUUCUACAUUCGCAAAAUUCAAAGUUGUUGUUGCAGAAGCUCUGCUGGAUGGCAGAAAAGAUCAUGACCUCCGUAAAGACGCUGGCAGCUCACUGACAGUCGCCUGUUCCUUCAGUUUCUCUGGAAAAACCAAAUAUUUCUGCAGAGGACAAUGUGAAGAAGAAGAAAACAUUCUUGUUUACACCGAUGGAGACACAGCUCAGAGCGGCAGAUACAGCAUUGGAUUUGACAGAUAUCAAUCUUCAGAUGUUUUUUUUGUGACCAUUAAGAAUCUGACCAGCUCUGACUCCGGACGAUACAGAUGCCUUUCAUAUUUAAACUCUGGGAAGAAUUCACAUUUGGAUUUCAAUGUCAGCGUCUCAGGUGUCUCCUCUGAAACCACUGAUCCAUCACCUCUGGACCAGAAUUACAGAGCAACAUGUAGAGAGCUUCCUCUGAUUGUGAUUGUUGUGACUCUGGCCGUCACCGUCGUCCUGCUAUCAGCAGCUGUGAUUGUUUCCUACAGGAAGAGAUCUGAGAGAGGUUUGGAGAUGAGAGGCUCUGUCAGCCAACCGAUGGAGACUUUUGCCUGUGAGCGGAUACCCUCUGAAGAUUUGAUUUAUGAGAACCUCGAACCUGCCAGCAGAAACCAGGAGUAAAAGAGCUGAUAUACAAUCACAUCGCAGAGAAAUUAAAUGUUGUGAGAAAGAUUUACAUUUUUUAUCUCUCAUUUAAAAAGAAGAACUUGUAGUUAUUCAUGACACACAGAGAUAAAUAUUUCAAGUCUUUUUUUCUUGUCAUUUUGAUUAUUUUGUUUCUCAGAGAAUAAAAAUCCAAAAUGUAAUAAAUUUAGAAUAUUGCUUAAGUUCAGCAUCAUUAGUUUCCUAAAUGUGACUUUUUCUCAAUGUUCCAAUUUUUCAGAUCUACCUGUAAAUUCUGUUUUGACCCAAAUGAAACUCUGGAUUCAAACUUAAAUUCUGGUUCUGCUCAUCAAAUAACUGCCUGAAGAAAUAAAAUACAAAUAUAGGAUAAUUUCAGUUAUUGAGUUAGAGAUUAAUUUGAACAGAUUUUUAAUUUCAUUUCCUGGAGAAAAAGGUUUUGUGUUUAAAUACCAUUGACAGUUUAUUGAUUUUAAUCUUUCACAAUUUUUAUAGAUUCUAAUCAAUCUAUAAAAACUAUAAUGAUUCAAAAAAUUUAAGAGAUGCAACAUAAUGCAUUUAAAACAACUCAACUUUCUCUCAGCUUUAUGGGUUGAAUAGUCGACUUCUUCUGCUUUAGCUUUACUGCCACCUUGUGGUAACAUUUUUUUCUAUUUCUUUAAUUUUGAAAUUACUUUUUAAAGGUAAAAGGUAAAGAUAAUUUUAUUUAAAUAGCACCUUUUCUGCAACAAGGCAAUGCAAAGUGAUUUACAGAAAUGAAAAGGAAAUACAAACAAAAUAACAAACAAAAAGAAAGAAGAAAAAGCUAAUAAUGUUUAUCCAAAGUAAUUAAACUAGAUACUCCUAUUUAGGGUUGCUAGAUAAGUAUGAGUUAGAAUCCUCUGGUCUAAUUUCUUUUCUGGUUUGGAAGAAUAAGAGUCUAAAAAGUUGUUGCUGAUGUAGUUUUUCUAGAAUCUAAGUUUGUUCUGGUCCCUGUUCUGGGUUGCCAGAUCAGUGUGAGAAAGUAAAUAAUCUCUGGACUUUCUAAGUGUGCUCUAAAUUUGUCAAAAUUAAUGAGCACUAAACAGUUUCUAAGUAAUAAGACCAAAACAGAGCAAGUAGGCAGGCAUGGGCAGAAAGGGAGCAGAGGAAAAAAGCAUCCGCCUUCAGCGAGGGCAAGAAGGAAGUUGACAUGCCAAUCUGACUGUGCAUUUUCUUUUUGUCAGAUUAUUUUUGCACAUUAAGUAUCAGAUACUAUUAUCAGAUACUUAAAUUGUUGUGAAUUAUUGCCAUUUGUUUCUGGUUUUCCUUUUUUCUGUUGUUUUAUUUCUGCUUGUGUUUUAGGCUGAGAUGUUUUAGUGCAGGAAGCUGGAGGUCGGAUCCUCCUUUCUGAAUCUUUAGCUGGGUUCAGUGAAAUCCACUGGAAGGAUUUUAUUCAUGCAAGAUGAUAAAUCUGUAAUUUUGCUGCUUUUUCUAGCAAUUUUUAAAAU